AUGCCUUUACAAGAUCUUUCAACGCGCCAGACCAUAUUCCUCACGGCGGCAGCCACGGCCAUCGCGACCAGCUCCCUCAUCCUAUCUUACCAGGCCUUGCGGCGCGAACAGCGGACUACCAAGCUCAAGAAACAGGUCGGGGAAGAUGUCGAAGAAUGGGAGAGGAGUAGAGCGGGAAGUGGACUGGGUACGCCGGAAGAGAAGAUCGAUAGGAUACUCAAGAAGGAGAGGAAUUGGAAGAAAGGGGAAUUUGAUGAGGGGUUGAUACGUGAGCAGCUCACAAGAAAUUACAAUUUCCUUGGUGAAGAAUCGAUGGACAAAGUACGGAACUCUUAUGUGGUCGUAGUAGGAUGUGGAGGAGUGGGCAGUUGGUGUGCAUUGAUGUUAUUGAGAAGUGGUGUGGGACGAUUAUUGCUUAUUGAUUUCGACCUCACCACACUCUCAUCCCUCAAUAGACAUGCAUGUGCCACGCUCGAAGAUGUAGGUACACCGAAAGUAAUAGCCAUGCAGAAAUACUUCAAGAAGGUAGCACCAUGGGCUGAGGUCGACGUACAAGUUGGAUUAUGGCGAAAAGGAUCUGAGGCCGAAAAAUGGUUAGAAGGUGCCGACUGGGUCGUAGAUGCUAUAGAUAAUUUGGAGACCAAAGCGGAUCUGUUGACCCAUUGUCAUAAGAAUGGUAUCAAGGUGUUUGCUAGUAUGGGUGCAGGCGCCAAGCAGGAUCCUACCAGAGUUCAAAUUGCCGAUAUAUCAAACACAUACGAAGAUCCUUUGGCUAGAUCGGUAAGAAGGAAACUGAGAAUUAAUGGUAUACCCGGUGGUAUUCCCGUCGUCUACUCUACCGAAGUCCCAUCAGAGAUCAAGCUCCUCCCCCUCCCCGAAGAGGAGUUCCAACGAGGUGCCGUCAAAGAACUCCAGGCAUUCGAUGAUUUCAGAGUCCGUAUCCUCCCCGUUCUUGGUCCCUUGCCAGCUAUGUUCGGAUUGAACAUCGCUACGUACAUUCUACUCGACCUAGCAGGAAAGACACUAGACGAUUACGCCGAAAUCAAGAAUCGUAAAAAACUAUAUCAAUCUUUGGAAAAAAGCCUAAUGAAGUUCGAGAAAGAUCUAAGAGGAUUGAGGGAAAUGGAGAGGAUACCUAUCAAUUCUGAUGAUAUCGGAUUCGUAUUUGAUGAUUUAUAUGCUGGACGAUCAUCUAUCCCUCCUUAUGAGAUAUUAUCCAAACCAUCUGUGAUAAGGUGGGAUAAUCACAAACCGUUGGAUGUAGAUAAUUUGGUUGUCAUGGGUCCUAAGGAGAAUAAGCGGCAUCAGGAUCUGAUAUGGAAAGAAGGGAAGAGUCUGGAAGAUGUUUAUGGGAAAGAAACGGUUGAGAGGAUAAGUAGGAAGAGUGCGCAAGCUAGGAGGGUGAUGAGUUGGAGAAGGAAUGAGUAA